AUGACUCCUGCUAUCUUCCUAGUCAUCCUGUGCUUGGGAGUGGCCUCAGCUGCUGAAUCCCCUGAUCCUACUCUGGAUUCUGAAGAGCAAGAGCUGAAGAUAGAAAAUGAGAAGCUGGUUGGAUUCAGAAGAGGGAUAUGGAAGGAGUUUAUGAAGAAGGUUGAACUCUACAAUAAGGAACAUGGCCAGGAGGACAAGGAUGACCUCAACAUAGAAAUGAAUGUCUUUGAUCACUUGACUGAUGAUGAAUUCGUGAAAAUUAUUGAUAAAGUUUUAUACCCAAUGCUUGGAGAGGAGGAAAAAACUAAAAUACAGCCAGUUGGUGAUGUCCCUAAAUCUGAGGAUUUAUCAGAGAGCAGUGCUGUGACUCCUGUGCAGGAUCAGGUAUGA